UUGAUCAGAGCUCCCGACGAUAGCUCGCCCCCUGGUGGUGGCGUGCCGCCACGCCAUGCGCUUUGCGGCUGCCCGCUGGGCAAGAUGCCGCAAUGCGCACUUGUCGUCCUGGUCGCGGAAUCUUAAUGCUGACCUCCGCUUCUACCGGGGUGUUGCAGCGGCCCCGAUGCUGCGCCUGGCAGCAGAGCCGAUGCCAAUUACUGGUUUCGUGGAGCAGCGCAACUGUGGCUCCUCCCUGAUCAGCAGCCUUUGCGCCUCCGGCGAGGAGUUGGACGCCUUGGAUGGUGGUGUUGCAGCAUCCCAGGCCAUCGCAGCAAUUCUGGAGGGGGUUGCAAAACUUGACGGCACUGUUAGCAGCCGCUUCGCAGAAAUGUUAGAUACAUCCGUACUAAUCUACAAAUGCAGCAGCGGCUUGUCACACAACAUAAUAGGACCAUUUCAACCAGUCUGAGUUCGGAUCAUCUCCAGGCGUGGUGGCGAGCCAAAUCUUGGCUUGCCGCGCCGUGAGCGAUGAAUCUGUGGAUAUAGUGAUGAUGCGUGCCACAAAAUAGCAAUCGGAUCGCAAUGCAACCACAAGGACAGC